AUCAUAAAUGCUAUGGAUGAGUAUAGAAGAAAAUCCAUGUCUAUUUAUUUGCUGGGAUAACUCUUUCGGUUUCUUACUGCAAUAAAUCAACGAUGUGGUGGCUGUUCGGAAGAAAAAACUCUUCUGGUUUUUCAUCUUCUUCUACUGCCGAGGAAGUCACUCAAGGGAUCGAUGGCAGCAACCUUACUGCUAUUGUUACAGGUGCAACGAGUGGUAUUGGCAAUGAAACUGCUCGUGUUCUUGCGAUGCGUGGUGUUCAUGUAAUAAUGGCGGUCAGAAAUUUGGUUACUGCAAAAGAUGUAAAAGAAGCAAUACUUAAAGAGAUUCCUAAUGCUAAACUUGAUUACAUGGAGUUAGACCUUAGUUCAAUGGCAUCUGUUAGAAAAUUUGCAUCGGACUUCAUUUCAUCUGCUCUUCCAUUGAACAUUCUUGUAAACAAUGCAGGAAUUUUCGCAGUCCCUUUCACUCUGUCUGAAGACAACAUUGAACUGAUAUUUGCCACAAAUCACAUUGGUCAUUUCCUAUUAACAAAUCUGUUGUUGGAUACUAUGAAGAAAACAGCUCACGAAAGUAAGAAACAAGGAAGAGUCGUUAAUGUCUCCUCUAUACUUUAUCGAUUACCGAGAGGAAUCCGUUUUGAUCAAAUUAAUGAUCCAUCAAGUUACCAUAUGUGGUUUACAUAUGGACAAUCAAAGCUGGCUAACGUUUUACAUGCUAAUGAACUUGCAAGACGAUUCAAGGAAGAAGGGGUAGAUAUUACAGCUAAUUCUCUUCAUCCAGGAGCUGUUGUCACCAAUAUUUUUCGUCACACCAAUAUACUGUCUGGUUUGAUUAAUACGGUGGGUAGACUUGUCUUUAAAAAUGUCCAGCAGGGAGCUGCAACAACAUGCUAUGUAGCAUUGCAUCCACAAGUGAGGGAAAUCAAUGGCCACUAUUUUGAAGAUUGUAAUGUUUCCACAGAAAACUCACAAGCAAGGAACCCUGAGUUGGCCAAGAAAUUAUGGGAUUUUAGCUUAAACCUCAUAAAGUAGAAUACCCAAAAGGCUCUGUGGAAUAAUAGCUUGAGACCUUUUCAAUAAUUAAUUCACACA